AUGGCGUCAACGCCGCCGCACUGCUCGAUCACAGCCACCAAGCCGUACCAAACCCACCAGUACCCACAAAACCAGCGCCUCAAGUCUCACCGCCAGACCCGCCCCACCACCCACCACGUCUCUCUCUCAAAGCCUCUACCUUUACCGCCUCGCCCGCCGCCGCGCACGGUUCCCAAGCCCGCCUCCGCCGCCGGACCCGUUCCGUCGUCGUUUUCAUCUCUCUGCCCUCCGGCCAAGUCCGACCUCGUCUCCGCCUUCUCCGGCCGCCGCUCGACCCGGAUGGUGUCCAAAAUGCACUUGGGCCGGCCCAAGACCACGGUGGGGUCCCGCCACUCGCCGCUGGCGGAGGAGGCCCUGGAGACCGCUAUUCGGUUCGGUAAGGACGAUUUCGCCCUUGAUGACGUUUUGCAUAGUUUCGAGUCUAGGCUUGUGUCCGAUGAUUUCACAUUUUUGCUUAGAGAGCUUGGGAAUAGGGGCGAGUGUUGGAAGGCUAUUCGGUGUUUCGAGUUUGCGGUGAGGAGGGAGAGGAAGAGAACUGAGCAGGGGAAGCUAGCUAGCUCCAUGAUUAGUACUCUUGGUAGGUUAGGGAAGGUUGAGCUUGCCAAGAAUGUGUUUCAAACUGCUGUCAAUGAGGGUUAUGGCAGGACUGUUUAUACUUAUUCGGCUUUGAUUAGUGCUUACGGGCGCAGCGGGUAUUGUGACGAGGCUAUCAGGGUGCUCGAGUCCAUGAAAGAUUCGGGCGUGAAGCCGAAUUUGGUUACUUACAAUGCGGUGAUUGAUGCGUGUGGGAAAGGGGGCGUGGAGUUUAAGAAGGUGGUGGAGAUUUUCGAUGAGAUGCUGAAAGUCGGGGUGCAGCCUGAUCGGAUUACUUAUAAUUCUCUCCUUGCGGUUUGUAGCCGAGGGGGACUGUGGGAGGCGGCUAGAAACUUGUUCAGUGAGAUGGUGGAUAGAGGGAUUGAUCAGGAUAUUUAUACUUAUAAUACGCUUUUGGAUGCAAUUUCUAAAGGUGGGCAGAUGGAUUUGGCAUAUAAGAUUAUGUCGGAGAUGCCUUCAAAGAAUAUUUUGCCUAAUGUGGUGACUUACAGUACUAUGAUUGAUGGUUAUGCAAAGGCUGGAAGAUUAGAAGAUGCCCUCAAUUUAUUUAAUGAGAUGAAGUUUUUAGCCAUUGGUCUGGAUAGAGUCCUGUAUAAUACAUUGCUGUCACUUUAUGGGAAGCUUGGCAGGUUUGAGGAGGCUUUGAAUGUUUGCAAGGAGAUGGAGAGUGUUGGGAUUGCGAAGGACGUCGUAUCUUAUAAUGCACUUCUUGGUGGGUAUGGGAAGCAAGGGAAGUAUGAUGAAGUUAAAGGACUGUACAAUGAAAUGAAAGUAGAACGUGUAUCACCAAAUCUAUUAACAUAUUCAACAUUGAUUGAUGUGUAUUCAAAAGGUGGUUUGUAUGCGGAGGCAGUGAAGGUUUUUAGGGAGUUCAAGCAGGCAGGGCUCAAGGCUGAUGUCGUGCUAUAUAGUGAACUUAUUAAUGCUUUGUGCAAAAAUGGGCUGGUGGAAUCUGCUGUUUCCUUGCUUGAUGAGAUGACCAAGGAAGGCAUCCGACCUAAUGUUGUCACUUAUAAUUCUAUAAUUGAUGCCUUUGGUAGGCCAGCGACAACAGUGUGUGCAGUUGAUGCUGGUGCCUGUGGCAUUGUGCUACGCAGUGAAUCUUCAUCUUCAAUUUCUGCAAGGGAUUUUGACAUUUCUGACAAGAAUGUUCAAAAUGAGAUGAGAGAUAGGGAGGAUACAAGAAUUAUGAAGAUGUUUGGGCAACUUACAGCUGAUAAAGCUGGUUAUGCAAAGAAAGAUAGGAAGGUCAGACAAGAAAUCUUGUGCAUUUUGGGUGUCUUUCAGAAGAUGCAUGAACUCGACAUCAAACCAAAUGUCGUCACAUUUUCAGCUAUUCUAAAUGCUUGCAGCCGCUGUAAUUCAUUUGAAGAUGCUUCCAUGUUAUUGGAGGAACUGCGGUUGUUUGAUAACCAGGUUUAUGGUGUUGCCCAUGGACUUCUUAUGGGCUGCAGGGGUAAUGUAUGGGUAAAAGCUCAGUCUCUCUUCGAUGAAGUUAAGCAGAUGGACUGUUCAACUGCAUCUGCUUUCUACAAUGCUCUUACCGACAUGCUAUGGCACUUUGGACAGAAAAAAGGGGCGCAAUUGGUUGUGCUUGAAGGGGAGCGCCGAAAUGUAUGGGAGAAUGCAUGGUCUAAUUCACGAUUGGAUUUGCAUUUGAUGUCUUCUGGGGCUGCUCGGGCAAUGGUUCAUGCAUGGUUGCUCAAUAUACACUCUAUAGUGUAUCAAGGCCAACAAUUGCCAAACCUAUUAAGCAUUUUGACAGGAUGGGGCAAGCACAGCAAAGUAGUAGGCGACAGUGCCUUGAGACGAGCAGUCGAGGCACUUCUCACCAGCAUGGGUGCACCCUUUCGGGUUCACGAGUGUAACAUAGGUAGGUUUAUAUCGACAGGCUCAGUGGCUGCGGCCUGGUUAAAAGAAUCUGGCACACUGGAGGUGCUCAUGCUUCAUGAUGAUAGGGCUGAGCCAAACAGUGCAAAUUUUGGCCAAAUAUCCGAUUUACGAGCGCUCGCAUUGUAGCGUUUGUAUGUUGUAUCUUAGCAUGUUUAUAAAGUGUACCAUAUGUAUUAUCAUUUGAACAAACACUACGGCUCUUCCUUGUGCACAGAACUCCCCUUUGCAGUUUUUGAGUUUAAUGCGACAAGGUUGAAUUGUGAUUAUUAUCUAACUAUUAUUCUUUUGAUCAAAGAUGUUUCUUUCAUAAGUUGUCAAACUUGCAAUCAACGAGCAAGUACUAAAUAGUG